AUGAGCGGCAAACGGCGAGAGCUUCGGCGGCGGCAAGAAAAACGGUCGCUGCUACACAGUGCCCCCAGCACCAGUACCUCCAGCUCCAGGGCCUCAAGCGCCAGCAACGCCAGCUCCAGCGGCUCCAGCUCCAGCGCCCAAAGCUCCAGCACCUCCAGCUCUAGCGCCUCCAGCUCCAGCGCCUCCAGCUCCAGCGCCUCCAGCUCCAGCACCUCCAGCUCCAGCGCCUCCAGCUCCAGCACCUCCAGCUCAAGCACAUCCAGCUCUAGCGCCUCCAGCUCCAGCGCCUCCAGCUCCAGCACCUCUAGCUCCAGCGCCUCCAGGUUCAGCGCCUCCAGCUCCAGCGCCUCCAGCUCCAGUGCCUCCAGCUCCAGUGCCUCCAGCGUCAGUGCCGCCAGCGCCAGCGCCUCCAGCGACAGGGCCUCCAGGGUUUAA